UUAAAAUAUUUUUUAUAUUUAAAAUUACUGUUGUUCAAACACACACACAAACAUGUACACUGUUGAUUAAUUUAUAAUUUAAAAUAAAAAAUUAAUGUAAGCUCAAAUAUUAAAUAUGCAAAAUUAUAAUUUUGAUAGCUACCCUAUACUAAUAGCUACCCGGCGGUGGGCGCUAAUGGUAGUACUUUAGUUUUUUUUCUUAUUUUAUUACAAUAAGCGUGAGACACAAUAUCUAAUUCUAUGAAAUUUUCAUUCAUAAAUAAAUCUCUCACAGUUAAACGUUACGGAAUCGUGACGUAUGCUAUUAAUCCGACUAUUUAUGGAUUUUUUAAUCAGUGAUAUUAUUUAAAAUUACGCAUGUCGAUAAGAUCAUUGGUAUGCGGCUUAAUAGCGUUUUACGUAUAUGUUUAAGCUGUGCUAUUUUUGGGUUGUAUCAGUCGAUCAAAUAGAUUAUACAGUUCAUUCAUGAUAUAGAUAGAUAAAUCGCCUUGGAUCGGUUGUUUAAGCAGAAAAUUGAAAAUUGAAAUAACCAUAUACCAUAGUGGUAUUACAAUAAAGAUUCAAAAAAUAUCGAACAGUUUAUAGUGUUAAAAAUCGCAUCAAACAUGUGAUUUAUAAACUCUGUCUGUAGGUAUAUAACUGCCAUUAUAAAAAAAGCAGUUCUUUGCCGAUUCUUCUCGGUACAAGGUCUUCUGUCUUAGAUUUACGUACUGAUGACAUAGAGUUUCGACUUUCAUAAGUAUUCGUAACAGCUCAGACUGAAUAAAAGAUUUUUAUUGGAUUUGUCAAUGUAAAUUGUAAGCCUCCCCCAUUUACACAUAAUUUGAUUUUAUCUAUUUUUAUGUAUGUUUAUUGUGGUACGGAUUUACAUUCGUGGUCACAGUUGACUAUUAUAUAGUUUACAAUAGUUAUUAAAAAUAGAAAAAAAUCACGUUUGUUGCACGGGAGCCAUCUUGAAUAUUUAUGUUAUUCUGAUUUUAGUAUUUGUCGUUAGUGGCAAUAGAAAUACAUCAUCUGAGAAAAUUUCAACACUUUAGCUAUCACGCUUCAUGAUAUAAAGCCUGGUAACAGACGGUAGACAGACAGACGGGCGGGUUGUGAAGUAUCAAUAAUAGGGUCCCGUUUUUACCCUUUUGGUACGGAACCCUAAAAAGUAGGUAUUUUAAGUAUCAAUCAGAUAAUAUCAAAAUAAUCAACCCCUUUAGAUCAAAUAAGUAUAUCUAAUUAAUUAUUUUAGGUAUAUUAAGUACUCACAUACGCAAGAAUUUGUAUUUGAUUGGUUGAAGAUGAUGAUAAAAUACUAAUCGACUAAUACCUUGCAAUUCUAAUUCGAGCUUAUCUUUUUUACGCAUUCAUUUCAUUGACAUUAUCGUUUCCUGUGACAAAGAUAUAUACACAUACGUACACACGGCAACACGUUAGAUUACCACAAUAUGUCAAAUUUACUCAACGUAUUAAGACUUAAAUUCAAGUAGACAAUUUUCACAGUUGUCUAUAACCUGACAUGCUGCUGACUGUACAUGGUAUAAGAGAUAGAUAAUACAGUACAUAAAGAAUUUUCAUAUCAGUCAGUUUUGAGCGUUGUAGUGUGUCGACAGCAUGCGGUCGAAUUUGAGUAUUUUGUGGGCUCUACUCGCCGUCAUCACAGAUAAGGCUCUGAGCAAAAACUUACCUAUAGAAUAUCCUGCAGUCAAUACAGCUUCAGGAUUAGUGAUUGGUUCUUUAGCAAAUGAUGGAAACUAUUAUGAAUAUCUCGGUAUUCCUUAUGCAGAUUCUACAUCAGGCAGCCAUAGAUUUAAGGCUCCAAGUCCACCACCAUAUUUCACUGAACCUUUCAUUGCGAGCCGGAAGGACAUUAAAUGUAUACGAGCUUUAGGUAAUGGCUACGAAGGGACUGAAGAUUGCUUAGUAGUUAAUGUUUAUACUCCUACACUCGAUAAUACGAGAAAUUUACCUGUUAUGGUAUGGGUGAAAGGAAGAGAAUUUGAUCAUUUAUACGGACAAGAGUUUUCUUUUAAACAAUUUGUCGAAAAGGAUGUUAUUGUUGUCACUUUGAACUAUCGUGAAUCAAUAUUAGGGUUUCUGUGCCUCGGUACAGAAACUGCUCCGGGUAAUGCCGGUCUCAAAGACAUUAUUGCUGGCUUGAGAUGGGUCAAAGAAAACAUUGGCGAAUUUGGAGGCAACUCUAAUGACGUUACUCUUUUUGGACAUGGAAGUGGUGCCGCAGCUGUGGAUUUAGUCACUUUGUCACCAAUGGGAGAAGGUCUUGUUCAUAAAGUUAUUACGCAAAGUGGAAACGCACUCGCUCCUUGGGCCGUUAGUAGAGAUAAUUUGCAUUACGCUGUGGAAGUGGCAAAAGCACUCGGUCAUGAUGUCACUGACGUCGAUAGUCUAUCUUUAAUUUUUACCAGAGCUAGUGUUCCUGCUUUAAUGGCAGCAAUUAAUGAACUGGAUUUGACAGACAAUUCUUUAGCAUUUUCGCCGUGCAUAGAGAGAGACGAUUUAAAAGGGGAGAAACCUUUUAUGAAAAAAUCACCUUUUGAAAUAAUUAGCAAUGGAGAAUUCUUACAAAUUCCUUUAAUAACAGGUUUUGUUGAUAACGAAGGUACUAUUAGAGUAGAUGAAGUUCAGACAUCACAUUGGCUUCGAAAAAUGGGGGAGAGAUUCAUUGAUUUUCUACCACCAGAUUUGAAAUUUAAAUCUGAAGAAGAGCGAGAAGAGAUUGGUAAUAAUAUUAAAACAUUUUAUUUUAAAAACAGUGAUAUAACCUUGCAAGACAUCGAUGAAUAUAUUUCGUAUCAUGGAGACACAAUGAUAUUGGUAUCGUCAAUAAGAGAAGCUCGGCUUCGUGCUUCAUCCUCUUCGACUCCCAUAUACCUUUACCAAUUUUCGUAUAAAGGUGUAUUAGGUCAACCAUUUGAAGGUCCUUUACCAGUUCAGCAUGCUGCUCAUAGUGAAGAACUAGCCUACUUAUUUCCGGAAAUGAAAAAUUCAGUAAUUUCGGAAACGGAUCUUACAGUAGCUGACAUUCUUAUAGAAAGAUGGACAAACUUUGCGAAAGAAGGCACACCUACUAGUGAGACUUCUCCUGUAGUAUGGUUGCCAUAUACAAGCGAAAAUCCACAUUAUCUUAGAGUUCUAAAUUAUGAUGACAUUAACGAAGCUAGUGGUACUUUAGAAAUAGAUCUUAUUCAUCCUCUCGUAGAACAGAUGCAUUUUUGGGAUAAUAUAUAUGAAGAUCAUUUUUUGGAUGCCCAGUCAAUAUGGGAGCUUAAUUUUACCGACAGUAAUAAACAAAAGGAGGAAGGAGGGCAAAUGUCAUCGAAACUUAAUAUCAGAGAUUAUGACGAUAUACUUGAAACUGGGUUACAAGAGCAAGACUUUUGGGAAGAUACAUCUAAAGAACAUUUUUUGAUAGUUAAAGGAUUAUUUAGUAAUCAAAAGGAUUUGAUUUCAAGGCAAGAAAAUGAAAAUAAUGAAGGAUCAGGCGACGAAGGUGAAGGGGAAGGUGAAGGCGAAGGUGAAGGCGAAGGUGAAGGCGAAAGCGAAGGUGAAGGGGAAGGCGAAGGUGAUGGCGAAGGCGAAGGCGAAGGUGAAGGCGAAGGCGAAGGCGAAGGUGAAGGUGAAGGCGAAGGCGAAAGUGAAGGUGAAGGCGAAGGCGAAGGCGAAGGCGAAGGGGAAGACCCUAACUCUGCUACAUCGAUUACCGCCUAUACAUUUACAAUUAUAUUCUUGUUCAGCGUUUUAGAGAGACUUCGUGCCAGCGUCGUCCUUUCAUAG